AUGCCCCGUAAACUUCUUAAGUUUCUUAUUAUCUUCGAUAACACGUCCUUACUGUAUUUUCCUGGUCAAUUUUUGUCGGGCCGUGUACUAUUGGAAUUGCAAGAUGAUACACCAGCGUUGGGCUUACAUUUUCAUGUGGUUGGUGAGGGUGUAGUGCGAGCCGGAUCAGCACGACAAGAACGAGGCACUUACGACAAAGAGAAUUACAUUGAUUUUCGAAUGCGUCUAUUAGGAGAUGUGGAUCAGGGUCCUUCGGUGCUGUCACCUGGUAUACAUAGCUUUCCUUUUAAAUUGGGCCUACCGAUGGGAUUGCCAUCAACAUUUUUAGGGCGUUAUGGCUGGAUACAAUACUACUGUAAAGCUGCUCUAAGAGAACCGAACGGCUUAAUACAUAAAAAUCAUCAGGUUUUCAUUGUUAUGAAUCCGAUUGACUUAAACAUGGAAAAACCUGUACUGGCACAACCAUUUGCUUGUGAGGUAGAGCAUAAAAUGGGCGUGGCCUGUGUUGGCGGCGGUCUAGUUAAAUGUCGUGUAGCUUUAGAUCGCGGAGGUUACGUCCCCGGCGAAAGCGUUGUGGUUACUGCUUUUAUAUCCAAUCAUAGUAACGUCACAAUUAAACGCACAAAAGCAUCAUUAACUGAGACGAUUGAAUAUUUGGCACGUGGUAAAGUAGUACAAACUGAAAAACGAGCGUUAGCUGUCUUGGUGCGUGCCAAAAUACGUCCCGGCGGCAAAGAUGAGUGGCAAAAUGAUAGUCUCUAUGUACCGCCUUUGCCUCCCACCAAUUUGCAUGGCUGCCACUUAAUAAAGAUCUCUUAUGAUGUUUUCUUUGUAAUUGAACCCAAGUCAUUGGAAAAAGAAAUUAAACUGCAAUUACCCAUAGUGUUGGGCACGUAUCCAUUCCGCAGCACCGGCAAUGAUAUUACCAAUACAUGGCCAGAUUCGGUACUUAAACCUGAUACACAUUAUCCAUCAACAUUGCCAAUUUUUCGUCCAUGGCUGCAUGAGAAACCGGAAUCGAAUUAAUGCACAAUACACUUAUAUGUAUCUUUUUUGGGGCCUCACAAUGAACGAAAGUGACUUAAAUAAGUAAAUCAAGUUGACGUUUAUUAUUAAAUAAUUUUAAUGCCUAUUUAAAGAAAGAGAAAAUAGUUUCUUCCCCCACCAAUAAUGUUUGAUAUAGAAAUGUUAACAUUUUGCUAUGGGCAGUGCCCACGCGGUAUUUGCAAUAAGCUUUUUUUUUUUAAAUAAGGCAGUAAUAAUAAAAAUGCAAGCCAAGCCAUACCACAUAUUGUUGAAACUAGAUUUUACGUUUACAAUUUCUAAUGAAUUUUAAUAAAUAAAAAAUGAAAAAGAAAUGUAUAAAGCGCAUACGCAUAUGGUA